UGCUACACACUUGCGCACUGCGCGUAAAGGACAGACGUAUCCAAACCCUCGCCUGGACUUGUUUCGGACUUCUCGUCGUUUCAAAGGAACGCUUUUUUUCCUGAAUGGACUUUUUAUUACGUGUGUAAUUGUCUUUAUUACAACCACACAACACCUACGAAUAGGUCUUUGUGCAGCAGUGACGGUAUGUGUGUGAGAAGAGGCGGGCGUUAUUGUGGAUAUAUUCUACUAUUUUCUGCUGAAGUCUUUUACAUGGAUCAUUAUUAACGGGAAAUAUAAAGAGCACGAGCAUUAUAUAAAGUCAACAUUGAUCAUCUAGUGCGCCAUGGAUAGAGAAUAAGAGUUUCGCGUCGUGCGCAUUUGGAGUUGUAGCCGGACUUUAUUUGGAGAUCCUGCAAUUGUACACUUGCGGGGAAGGUUGCAGAUGCACCGAGGAGCUCUAUAUCCAUCGUUUGGAGUAUUGCUGAUGCGCAAAACAUCUCAAGUGUGGGCUGUUUUAUAAUUAUUUUGAGCGCGUACUUUUUAUGGUUUCCGCGUUUACUGGCUUUAGAUUUGACGCUGUAAUAUUAUGACUGACUUUCACUCAUGGACUCUUUGCUGUCCAAAUGGAUCUAGCGCAGGUCUGCAUUCCUCAAAGCGGCUCUUAAUGUGGCUGUGAAGCAUGAGGGAUAUUCCAAACUCUUAAAAUGGCUCAAACAAACGCGGAACAUGGUGACAUCUUCUGGCCUGAGCCCAUCUGAUCUCGUUUUCGGCUGAUCUGUCAGGUUUAGUGUGACCAUGGUCUCCCCCGGCUGCGCUCUGAUGGUUCUGAUGGUCACUCAGGUGUUCUUUGGAGACUCCAGCGGACUCGUUCCUCGGGUCGAUCGCUUCUCGCUUUCACCGGACGUCUUGCAUGCGUUUGAACUUCGGCUUCUGAACAUGUUUGGACUCAAACACAGACCCGUUCCCAGCAGGUCUGCGGUGGUGCCGCAAUACAUGCUGGAUUUGUACUCGAUGCACUCGGCGAACGCGGAGCAGAGCACCGGCAGUCGAGCCAAAGUGUCCGCGGGGAAAACGGCCGAAAGGUCCGCCAGCCGCGCGAACACCAUCAGGAGUUUCCACCACGAUGAGUCUGCGGAAGAUCUGUCCUGUUCCAGUGGAAAAACAACUCAACGCUUUCUCUUCAACCUGAGCUCGGUCCCCAGCGAGGAGUUCGUCACAUCGGCCGAGCUGCGGAUAUUUCGAGAGCAGGUGAUGAAGUCUCCGGCCAACGGCGGCACGGGACACCACCGCAUCAACAUUCUGGAAAUCAUCGAACCUCCCGGGACCUUUAAAGAGCCCAUCACCAGACUCCUGGACACCAGGCUGGUUCAGGACAGCUUGAGUAAAUGGGAGAGUUUCGACGCGAGUCCUGCCGUCCUGAGGUGGACCGCGGACAGACACCCUAACCACGGCCUGGCGGUGGAAGUGGUUCACCCGGACGGCACGCAGGAGGAUUCCAAACGGCACGUCCGCAUCAGCCGGUCCCUGCACGACAGGGAGGACACGUGGCCCCAAAUGAGGCCGCUGCUGGUGACCUACAGCCAUGACGGGAAGGGCAACGUGCUUCACUCCCGAGAGAAACGGCUGGUACGGACAAACAAACAGAGGAAGAAACACAAAGCCAACUGCAGGAGACACUCACUCUACGUGGACUUCAGCGACGUGGGCUGGAACGACUGGAUAGUCGCCCCGCCGGGUUACCACGCAUUUUACUGUCAGGGGGAGUGCCCGUUCCCUCUGGCGGACCACCUGAACUCCACCAACCACGCCAUCGUACAGACGCUGGUGAACUCGGUGAACAACAACAUUCCCCGGGCCUGCUGCGUGCCCACGGACCUGAGCCCCGUUUCACUGCUCUACCUGGACGAGUACGAGCGAGUGAUCUUAAAAAACUACCAGGACAUGGUGGUGGAGGGCUGCGGCUGUCGCUGACUUUACAGACGCUUUCGAUUUCCCAGUACUCAACUUUAUUUAUAAUAAAGUAAAACGCAUAUUUUGGAGAAGUAUAUAAAGAUAUAUUUAUGUUCACUAUUGGGAAAAUAAAUAUUUUAAUCAGAGUCGAACUCGCAUGUUCCGAGCGUUCAUUAAAUAACAUGCAGCUGGGAAGAUGUAGGAUGAGAAAGAAGAAUGGCAUCAAGGGUUUGUAUGAAGCAGAUGAGAGUGAAAGUGAAGUGACCUAUUAGUCAGAUAUGGUGACCCAUACCCGAAAUGUGACCUCUGCUUUUAACCCAUCCAGAGAGUAGUGAACACACGCACAGCAAGUGGUGAGCACACGUACACCUGGAGCAGUGGGCAGCUAUCACUGCAGCGCCCGGGGAGCAAGUAGGGGUCAGGUGCCUUGCUCAAGGGCUCCUCAGUCGUUACCCGCCGGCCCUGGGAAUCGAAUCGGCAACCUUCUGGUCACGAGUCCCACUCUCUAACCAUUAGGCCACGACUGCCCUUGCAAGUGCAGUGCAUGAUGGGAGUUCAGUUUCAGUGUAGUUGCAGUAAAUGUGAAUUGAUGUGUUUACAGGUAGUUGACACUGAACGCUCAGGAGAGCCUCGCCGAACGAGCUCUUGACACAAUGAGUGAGUGUAAAAGUGAUUUCCUCCAGCUUUAUAUUGACUCUCGCUCAUUCACAAGAGUUCUAUUACAGGCAUCAAGACACACGGGUCAUUAAACCUCUCAAAAUAAAGACUACACAAUGACAAGUGUUCACACCACUGCUUCACAAAUACUGUAAGAAAACUUUUCUUUAGUUACUCAUUUGUUUGAUGAGAAACUGUGUUUUCUCAUUUAGAAAUCACAAGCAGCAGUGAAAUUCAGCACACCUCAGAUCAAUCAAGACUCAAGAGUCAAAUGUCUAAGACAAAAACAUACAUGAUUUUAUUUCCAUCAGUCGAAACUUUAUUUCACAGUUUGCUGAACUCCACCACACUGCUGGUGUGUUCCAGUGUUGGGUGUAACUAGUUACUAAGUAAUUCUUUACUAUAAUUGAAUUACUUUUCCCUUGAAAAAGUAAAGUAAGGGAUUACUCAGAUUUUUCUGUAAUUUGAUUACAGUUACUUCUGAUGUAAUUGAACUGUGUAAUACAGUAUAUUCAAUAGUGAAAAUCAAAGUGAUAGUGAUAAUCAAAAUUAUAAGUCUAAACUUUAAAAUGUAUGCUUCAAUGUAUCUUUCUCAUAUUUAUAUACUUAGGUCAGUGAACAAGAAUAAUUUCUGUAGUUAUUUAUUAUUUAUCCUUGAAACAAUUCUAAUCAAGGUUGAUGUAGGAUAUAGAAAGUCAUUAGUAAUAAGUAAUUAAAUACUUUUUGGAGAGAGUUAUUUGUACAGUAAUUUAAUUACACUAUUGAAUAUGUUACUAGUAAUUAAUUACAUUUUCAGACUAACUUACCCAACACUGUAUGGAAUGCCGAUUAGAAAUAAAACUAUUUAA